AUGGAGAGCUACGGAGAUCUGAUCAAUAACAAUAAAGUCGUCUUGGAUGAUGGAAACUAUGGGUUUUGGAAGUCAAGGAUCAAAUCCAUCAUAGGAGGUAUUGAUCGUCUUGCUUGGAAGACUGUUCUAGAAAAGUGGGAGGAACCAACGAUCAAGGAUGAAUCAGGCAAGCGAAUUCCAAAACCUGAGGCAGACUGGACUGAUGACGAGCAAAAGAGAUCAAAAUACAACUCAAGGGCUUUAAGUGCAAUUCAUUGCAGUGUUGAGAGAAAACAGUUUGAGUUGAUUCAAGGGUGUGAAACUGCUAAAGAAGCAUGGGAUAUCCUUCAAAUUCAUUAUGAAGGUACAACUAAAGUGCAGAGUUCAAGAAAGGAUAUGUUGGCUUCUAGAUUUGAGAAUCUAAAGAUGGAGGAACAUGAGUCGAUCUCAGAUUUUAGUUCAAAGUUGAGUGCUCUAGCACAAGAGGCCUUAACUCUUGGGAAGACGUACAAGGAUCAAAAGUUAGUCAAGAAGUUUCUAAGGUGUCUUCCAUCUAGGUUCAUGGGAUACAAAAUGGCUUUAACCGUCUCACAAGAUUUAGAUAAUCUCAGUUAUGGUGAAGUAGUAGGAAUGCUACAGGCACACGAGAUGGAACUUAAUGGGAUUAAGAAACCAAAAGGAAUAGCUCUAGCAGUAAGCAAAGACCUAACUGAUCAAGGAGAAGAAGAUGCUGUGAGUCUGUUGGUAAGAAGAUUUGAUCGAGCUCUGAGAAGGAUAGAACAAGGUCAAGGUCAAAAGAAGAACAAUUCAUUCAAGAAGACAAGUGAAGACAAAAAGGCUGAUAUGCAGUGUCAUGAAUGUAAGGGAUAUGGUCAUUUUAUUCGAGAGUGCCCAACGAUCAAGUUACGAGAUGCCAAGUGCACAAUCUGUAAAGGGACUGGUCACACACAUGAGGAAUGUGUGAGUAACUCUAAAUUCAAGAAAGAAAAGUCUAUGAUUAGCAUUGAGAAUGAGUCAGAUAGUGAUAGCAACAGCGAAGAAGAACUCAUUAAUUUAGUAGCUAUGGUGGGAAUCACUGAAUUUGAGAAUGGGGAAGAAGUAACUGAUUCAGAAUCAGAAGGAGAAGAAGUUCUUGACAUUGUUCAGAGUUACAAAGAGNUAAGAAACCAAAAGGAAUAG